AUGAUCAAUACAUUACGCUCUAUCGUUGAUUAUUUGAAAGUAUUUGAUUGCGUUAAUGAAUGCCUUACUUAUAUUAAUUCUAUUACAACAGAAACAAAAAUAUUAUUUAUUGUUUCAGGUCAAUUAGGUGAAAGUGUAAUAGCUCAAAUUUAUGAUUUAUCUAAAAUUAUUUCUAUCUAUAUAUUUUGUUAUGAUAAAAUGAAACAUGAAACUUGGUCGAUUCAAUAUAAACCAAAACUCCAAGGUGUUUUCAAUGAUAAAAAUGAACUUUAUUCAAAAUUAAUAUCCAAUGUAAAAUUAGAAAUAAGAAAUUUUUUACCUAUAAGUAUAUUGAAUGAAAAUGCUCAGCAAAGAUGCCUUCGAGAUUUAAGCAAGGAGAGUGUUUCAUUCAUGUGGUUUCAAUUAUUAAUAAAAAUUCUUAUCAAUAUGGAACAUGCUGAUAGUGCUAUAAAUGAAAUGAUUAAUUUAUGUCGAAAACAAUAUAAAAAUAAUGAAAAAGUAUUGAACCAAAUAGAAGAAUUUUCAAGAAACUACGUUAAAAAUCACGCAGCUGAAUGGUAUUCAAAAGAUAUCUUUCUUUUUCGUUUAUUGAAUAGAGCACUUCGUACAGAAAAUAUUGAUGCUAUCUAUAAAUUUCGAUCUUUUAUUGCUGAUCUUCAUCAUCAUCUGGAACAAUUGUACCGUGAACAUACUGAAAAAAUAUCCAAUGAUAAAAAAAUUUCAACUGUAUAUCGUGGAGCACAAAUGUCUAUAGAAGAAUUAAAAGCUUUAGAAGAAAAUCAAAAUGGAUUGAUUUCAGUGAAUACAUUUUUUUCGACAAGUAAAUCAUCGUCAGUUGCUUCUCGAUUUGGUAUUGAUGGUACUCGAGAUAAUCCAACAGUUAUUUUUACAAUUUCUAUUGACGAUCAUAUUCAUGAUCAACCGUACUCUCUUAUUGAAUAUUCGAGUAAUUUUAGCGAUGAAGAAGAAAUAUUAUUUUCAAUAGGUACAAUAUUUAGGAUUGAAAAUGUUGAACCAAUGAAUGAUACUGUUUGGUCUGUUGAAUUAAAAUUAUAUAAUAGAGACAACUUAGAACUAAAGCAACUUAUGAUUAGUUUUGAGGAAGAAAUUGGUAAAACGCCAACACUUUUCGAUCUUGGUAAAAUAUUCUCCUACAUGGGAGAUAAUGAUAGAGCAGAAAAAUAUUAUCGAAUUUUACUUGAACAAUUACCACCAAAUGAUGGCUCUAUGUCAAUAGUUUACACCAAUACUGGUGAUACUUAUUUAAAUAGAGGAGACUAUCACACAGCUUCAGAAUAUUAUGAGCAAGCCCUAUCGAUAGCGUCGAAUCUCGAACCAGAUUUUCAUAUAGCCCUUGCUUACGUAUACGACUCAAUCGGUUUGUUAAACGAUCGAAUUGGAAAGUAUGAAGAAGCAAUAAAAAAUUUAAAACAAGCACGUGAUAUUAAAUUAAAAUCUAUACCGGAAAAUCCUCUUUUUAUGGCAUCAACAUAUAACAAUAUUGCAAUGGUCUAUAGGCAUAACCUAGACUAUGAACUUUCACUAGAAUACUACAAUAAAGUACUUAAUAUUGAACUCGAAUCUUUACCAGAACUACAUCCAAAUAUUGCUUCAACCUACAAUAAUAUCGCAUUACUGCUAAAUCAAUUAAACCGUUAUGAUGAAGCAUUAAAUAAUUAUACAAAAGCAUUGACCAUUGAACAAAAAUCAUUACCAUCGAAUCAUUACAAAAUUGGAACGACAUAUAACAAUAUGGCAUUACUUUAUACCAAUACUAACGAUCUAAUAAAAGCUUUAGAUUUUUAUGAAAAAGCAUUGACUAUAUUUUAUGAUACUUUAGAACAUGAUCAUCCAACUAUUGGGUCGAUUUAUUAUAACAUGGGGGAUGUGCAUUAUAAACUUGGAAAUAAUGAUACAGCUAUGGAUUAUUUCCAAAAAGCACUUGAUAUACGACUAAAAUCACUUCCAAAUGAUCAUAUCGAUCUUGCAGCUACAUUAAAUAGUAUUGGUGUGAUUUAUUUAAUUCGAGAAAAUUUUACUGAUGCACUUAAACAUUGCGAACAAGCACUUGAAAUACAACUAAAGUCAUCUCCAAACACUCAUCCAGAUUUAGCUGCCAUGCAUUUUAAUCUUGGUAGAAUUAAUUUAAAACUAAAUCAAUACGAUAAAGCAUUAGAACAUUUUCAAGCGUCUCAGACAAUCAUGACCAAAAUCUUUCAAGAAGAUCAUCAUGAUCUUGAAUUAUUAUAUUUUCAUAUUGGUAAUACUUAUCUCUUACUCAGAAAUUAUCAAAAAUCAAUUGAUAAUUAUGAAAAAUCUCUUCAAAAUCAAUUGAAAAAGCCCGAUUCAGCCAAAGACCACUUAGCAACAACAUACACACAUAUGGGACUAGCUUUCAAUAAACUAGAAUAUAGUAAAGUUCUUUAUCCAUAUAGAAAUAAUGAUCUUAUAGCUCGUACACUUAAUAGUUAUCUUAAAGCAGUUCGAAAAGCUAUACGGAAAUCAAAUGGUGAUAAAGAAUCAGUUGACGCACCAUUUUCAAUUGAUGUUCCUACAAGUGAUCUUAUUGAAUGGUCAUCUCGAUAUACGCUGCCUAAUUCAAGUUGGCAACGAACUCGUACUGAAUGUUAUCCCACAAGUAAUGCUGAUACAAAUGCAACAAAUACAGCAUCGCCAACAAUUGUCUCUAUUUCUUGUACUGAUCAAAAAGCUAUGUCAUUAUCUUCAUCAACAAUUGAUAGUGAUUUAAUGGGGACACAAGGUACACCAACAUCAAAUUCCAUUUCGAAUAUCAAUGUACGUAAACGAUCAGUUAUUGACUCAUUUUCAUCACCACGAAAGGAAAAAAAAUCUAAAAAAGUACAAGAAGAUGACGAUACAUCAUCAUCUGAUACUGAAUCUGAUAAAGAUGAUUUUAUUCGAUCAAUUGAACCAAUUAAACCGUCCAAGUUUAAAGGUCGUCGAUUAAUUAAAAUUUGUUACAACUGA